UGGCGGUGUGAGGCUUGACUUCCACUAUCCUUAACCACUAAAGAAGAGUGCUGCUAAAUAGCUAACAAGCUGUCUGUUUAGCGAGACGUGAGCAUCGAAAUGCUUCUCCGGACAGCUCGGCCGUGGCUCUUCCACUGCAGGAGUAUACGUUUGGUUGCUACAAGGUCUUACUAUGCCGAUAAAGUCGCUCUACUCGGCUCCCAGCCGGAUAAACAGUCCCCUGACUAUCAGGUAAGUUAGCAUUUUGCUACUUCUAGCUGGCCAAACAAGCUAGUAAUGUCAACGUAAACUGUUUAAACUGUAAGAUAAAGUGUGUCUCCGGACAUGCAAGGGUAAAACAAGAUUGUGUCAGACAAUGUCUACAAGUUUAAAAUAACAGUUUAUUUAGUUACUUAAUAACUUUAAUGAGAGGUAUGGCAGCAGGAGGUCAAAACCUUGAGCGUUUGCUGUGGAUAGCUUUAGGUAAGCUCUCAGUAUCAACACAUUAGCCUGACAGCUCAGCUGGAUCUGUCAGACUCUUGCAGAUGGUUUCAGCUGCUACACGCUGUGGGUGCAUUUAUCAACUUUUGUUUAGGGUUGUGAUUGUGUAAAGUUAUUUGAGAGGUAAAUAGGUAGAGGACAAUGUGUUCCCCUUUCAGAUUAUGACAAGAUGCAACAACAAAAGAUAUCACUGGAUGGCACCACAGGCAUAUAUUUUCCUCAUAGUCCUCAGAGACCUUACAGAAACACUUCUCUUGGCUAGAAAAUUGCGAUCGGUGCACCACCACUAUUACCACAUGCUGUUGAGGAAAUGUUCAUUAAGAAGAUCAUUAUUUUUCCGUACCCUUGCAGAGAACCUUAAAGACAUAGUCGCUUGUUUGACUUAGACAUUCAGCUGGCUUCUUUGUUUAGAGUUAAAGAGACCAACCUUAACUUUGUCACCACUUUCUUGAUGAGGUCAAAAUCUGCCGCAGAUUGUCACCAUCAGAAUACCACACAGGAUGGCAAACAUUAAAAUAUCCAAGUAUUCUUCUUGUUUUUUAGGAGAAUUAUGAACGAAUGAAAGCUCUGGUUGAUGAGCUGAAAAGUCGCACAGAGAAGAUAAGACUUGGUAAGUGUGAGCACUGCUACUAUGUCAAAUCAUAUUUUUGUUUUACUCAAAUAGUCCAAAUUCCUGCCAUAUGCUGAAGCAAUCUUGGUGAUAAAAAUGUUGACUAAACACUCUUGUGUGCACCUUAGUUUUAAGCAUUUGCUUUAAAAUGUGAAUGAGUAAUUCAUCACUUUCUUUUUUUUUUUUUAAGUAUUUUUUGGGCGGUUUUUGCCUUUUAUUGAUAGGAUAGUGAGAAAGUGUGGGCAUGCUAACCCACUCAGGCAUGAAGCAAGUGCCCCAAUUCAUCACUCUUUACUGAGUACAAAUAAUGCCCGUAACACUGUUUAUUUAAAGUGACGAGACUCAAGUGACAUUUAGUAGAUAACAGUGUAAAAUCACAAUAAGUUCCAUGAGAGUUGAUGACUAGAAAUAAGGCUUGAGAUUUUUGGUCUGUUGAAGGAUUUUGAAUUUGCUACUCGGUAUUUUCCGGAUAAUUUGCAAACAUAUUAUUAUUCUUAUCAAUCCAGGUGGAGGAGAGAAAGCAAGAAAGCUUCAUACUUCUCGUGGGAAACUCCUGCCUAGAGAGAGAAUAGACAGACUGCUGGAUCCAGGGUAGUUCCACCUACUUCAUCUUUGUUUGAAGACGAAUUGAAAAUUCAUGGCUAAUUAGUUCAAGUGAAUUAGAUUCACUGACUUGAUGUUAUUACAUAGAGCCUAACUUUGGUAGCUGAAAUGCCUAAAGGUGUAGACUAUCCUGUCUACACUUAGAACACAAAAUGCAAGUUUUGCAUUGUUCUCAGAGUUCACUUUGGAAAACUAGGACAUAAACUCUUAACUUGACAUUUGAGUGCUGAAAAAAUUGAACACAAAGCUGCUGUACCAAUGUUUUGUGUUUUGUGUUUUUUUUUUUUUUUUGAUGCCAUGACAUUUAUUUUCCCUUACAUUUGAGAGUGAGCUUAAUGAUAGUUUUGUUUUUCCUUGCAGCACCCCUUUCCUUGAGUUCUCUCAGUUUGCUGCUUAUGAACUAUACGGAAAAGAGGAAGUUCCUGCAGGUGGCAUACUUACUGGAAUUGGUCGAGUUUCGGGGUAAUUGCUUUGGUCAUCAUAUCAUUUAGCUGUGUUUAACUUUUACAGUACGAGUUUGUUAAAACAAAAACAAAAAAAGAAUUGCUUUCUAUAAAAAGAGAUUUGCAUCAAUUUGAUCCACCCUUUUCAGUUGUUAUCUAUUAUGACACAUUUCUUUAUUGCAUAAACAGCAAAAAUGUCUCUUUUGGCUCUACAUAGUUAGAGUUUCUGUGCUGUGUAUCAUACUAAACUAGCAGCUUUCAGAAGUAUUAGUCAGACAAAAUGAGGCAUCUAAAGAUAGUAUCGUGAACCCUUUUUAAUACCCUUUCACAUACAUUUUAUAGACAGAAAAACAAAACGUUUUUCAUCUUAGUUCUUUGUGUAAGCCUCCUUUUGUGCAAAAUAAAGAUCCUGAACUACCAGCUGCAGCAAAAAUGUAUAUUUACACAGAGUGUUGACCUUUUCUUUGAGUUUUAACUUGCUUUUUGUUGGAUUUCCCGCACGACUGACUUGAGUACUGCAGAUCCUCAUAGAUUUCAGUGUUUAUUUCUUUACAGAGUGGAAUGUGUGGUUGUUGCAAAUGAUGCUACAGUCAAAGGAGGAACGUACUACCCAGUUACAGUCAAGAAACACCUUCGUGCACAAGAAAUAGCUCAACAGAACCACCUGCCAUGCAUUUAUUUGGGUGAGUUUUUAUGUUUUUAACAAAUGAGCAACACCAAAGAGAAUUUUAACCCUGAAUUAAACUCUUAAAUUUUAAAGACAUGCUGAACAAAAGGAGUAAAGGUUGAAAAACAGUUAUUGUAUAAUGUGAAGACUAGAAGUUGUUCACAUUUAUCAAUUCUAUCAAAUCCACUGGGCUUGUUUGCAAAGUUUCCUCACAUUUAUUUCUCAAUCCAGGUGUCAAAAAUGAUAUAUUUUCUAACACUGAUAAUCUUCUGGUGUUCUUUCUUCCUUUAGUGGAUUCUGGAGGAGCCAACCUUCCCAGACAGGCCGACGUCUUUCCUGACAGAGAUCACUUUGGACGCAUUUUCUUCAACCAGGCCAGGCUCUCCUCUGAGGGAAUAGCUCAGGUGAUGCUCAUGUUGGGUUGAUAACAUUGCAUUGCACACGGUGAUCAUAUUUCACAGUGUUUGUCUGUGUUUUACAGUAGCCUUUUGUUGUUGUUUUUUUUUAUUGUUGGAGGGUUUAUUUGUUGUAUUGCCACGACUCUGACUUGAUUUAUGGAUCAGUUCUCAAAAGCUGAGAGGGUUGUCUGAGAAAUGAUACCAGCAAGAGCAGAGGUAGUAAAUUUAAAUGAACUGCACUGCUGUGGGUUAUUCAUCUUUUCAUUGUCUGCCAGCAAAAUAGACUCCAUCUUGCUAUUGACUAUAGAAGAAGAGACCUCCUCGUGUUUCGAAAACAAGCCAGUACGUGUGAGAGCUGAUGAAUGUUGUGGGUUGUAAAGAGAAGUCAGGUCCUGCUCUCUCAUCUCUCCAGUAGAUCCAUGAGUGAUAAACACAGCUGAAUAUACUGUAUUCUUCCAGCUCCAACAAACUGAAAGCCCAUUAAUAUAUGCUAAUAUUGUCUCUCCUGAUUAUUUAAAUGAUUCAUUAUUCAAGGCUUUUCAUUCUCUGCCACCUCUUCUUUUUCCCUGCAACCAUAUUUAAUUUUGCCUCUAGACUUACCUCUAGGUGGCUGUAUUUCAAAUAAAAGUCCAAGUUGUGAGUGGCCAUUAUGUUGUUGCUAAUUGCAUUGGCAAUUCACAUCUUUAUUCAUAAGGGUUUUUAAAGACAAAGCCAAGGUAGGGUUUAAAAGACAACAGUGAAAUUGAAUUUCUAUUGGAUGCAAAAAUGAAAACUUUCCAAAGCAAAGUUGAGCCAAGGUAAAAAGGUUUCAUAAUACUCUUUUUUUGGUUUGUCUGGUUUUACACUGUCCUAGAAAUCAGCCUUGUAUUUUGAAGCAUCCUCAUCUUUUCAGUCUCGAACUUUCAUCCGUAGUUAAUAAAGGACUUUUUCUUUUUUUUUUAGAUUGCUGUCGUGAUGGGCUCUUGCACAGCUGGAGGAGCGUAUGUUCCCGCCAUGGCAGAUGAGAGCAUCAUUGUGCGGAAACAAGGGACCAUUUUUCUUGGAGGGCCGCCAUUGGUUGGUUCAAUUGUUGUUACAGAACUAUAAGAAUGUGUGUGGCAUCAAAUAACUAAUGCUUGAAGUAAAUGGCUAGACUUGUUUGCAAAGUCAGAGAGUAAUCACAACAGAAAUAUAUCUCUCUGACUCUUCACUGUGGUGCAUUUUGUGAAGGGUGCAACAACCAUGUAAAAAAAAAAGGAUGGCAAAACUGGUUGUUGUCAGAAGCAGUUCUUAUUAAUCAGUUGGUUAAAUCAUCACAUUUGUUUUUAAUGCUGUAACUUUGUUAUCUGGACUUUUGUUGUUGAGGUAUGAGCCAUAUUUUUCUCGUAUUUGCACUUUCAGUGGUUUAACAUAAAACCUCUUCCCUGAUAUACAUCAUCUCUUUUCUGUCCUUAUCUCUUUUUUCUCCCCUCCUGUUACUAAACAGAGGAUUCAUGUUACUGUGCUAACCAUGCCACACAAAAAAAAAAAUCACCCAUCUUGCAUUAAUGCUAGUUGUGUUUCAAGCCUGCCAAAAAUAUGUGUGGAGUUCAGAAUUUUCUGUAUUGUUUUGAGUUUAAAAGAGUGAUGACUCGGGGGCACAUUUGUCUUCACAGGUCAAAGCCGCCACAGGAGAAACAGUUUCUGCAGAGGACCUUGGUGGUGCUGAUCUGCACUGCAAGUAUGAAAUAAGUACAUGGUGCAUGCUCAGGUUGUUGAUGAGACUUAAGCCUGAACUUGUAACAGAGCCCCACUUUAAAAAGUAUAAUCAAAACCUUGAGCUCAUAUAUAGGGUAUUAACAGCCUGGGAUAUAGAAUCUUGUAAAAUUAUUUUUGGGGCAAAGGUUCAACUUCUUGUUAGAUUCUGGAAUGUUGUAAGAAGGCAGCAUUGGUUUGAAUUUUCUUCCCUAGGAGGACGGUUAUUCGCAUAUCAAGCAUAGGUCAAGGUUUUGGAAUAAAAUAAAAUCUGAAGUUUCUUUUUGUCAAGUCCAAAUGUGUUUGACCUACAAAAACCCGCCAAAUCAUAACAAUUAAAAUUCAGUUAUUAAACAGAGAUGGUGUUCAGGCAUCUCUCAUUUAUUCAUUUAUUUAUUUAACUAAACUCUCCUUCUUUUCACUUAAAUCUGCUUCAUUCACAUGGAUGUAACAUGUGCCUUGAUCAUUUUUAUGAGUCUUAUCUGAAGCUCUCCAUUUUUUUGAAAUGAGUUUUUUUUUGUUUGUUUUCUUGCAGAAAAUCUGGUGUGACAGACCACUAUGCUUUAGAUGAUAACCACGCUUUGCACUUGGCAAGAAAAGCAGUGAGGAACCUGAACUACAGGAAAAAUAUGGAGGUUAGUUUGAUAAGGAUUAUAUGAAGUCACCUUUAAGUCUCAUAGUGGAGGUAAUCUGUCUUUGUCUUCUGCUGACAAAUGGUUUGUUUUACACUUCAGGUCACCACAGAACCAACUGAAGCCCCACUCUACCCUGCGGAUGAACUGUACGGCAUCGUUGGAGAAAAUUUGAAACGCAACUUUGACGUCAGAGAGGUACUAGUCCAUCUGUUCAUUAUUCUAAAGUAGUAAAAGAAUAACUGAAGUUAUUUGAUUAAAGAAUGAAUGUUCAUCUGGUUUUUAAAAUGUUUUUGAUUAGCUAGACCUUAGUAUUUCCCUUUUCAUGAAACCAUGUGCGUGGUUCAUGUUGUACUUGAUAAUCCACUCUAUGACCAGUUGAAAGUUCCUCUUAAAUGUAAGUGUUUGAUAACCUUCUGGAUGUCAGUGUUUGUUAAGUAGAAGACUGCUGUAAAUUAAGUUUGUUUUCCAUAAUAUUAUCACCCAAAAACAAGAUGAUUUAAACGCAGACAAACCUCCCACCUCUGUUUUAUAGUGUAGAUUUAUCAGUAGAACAAACAAACUCUGCUUUAACAGGAUCAGACUCCACUGUAAAUAAUGUUUACCCGUCAGGUCUCUCCUCUCCGAGCUCAGAAAAACACAGCUGGUAUCGAUCACUCUGAUUUCGUUCUUUGGCAGUCCUUGUCAGGUGUAUUCAUUGAUCUGAGAUCUGUGCCUUUGAGUCCUAAUGAGGACCGGGGAACAAGAAUUACUGUUCACGGUCAAAAUGUCAAACUGCUUGUACUGCGGAACAGUAUUGACAGUCUAUUCAGGAUGCAAGAUUAAUUAUCUGUUACCCUGUUACAGUAAGAGGUUAUCCUGUGUUUGUGUUUCUACCUCAGAGCUUCAUUAUCUACAUUUAGACUGUACAGAAGAAGAGUUUAUCAGGCUCCUGGUAUGUUCAUAUUUGUUCUUGGUUUCAAAAUGACAUGAAGAGACAAGGGCAGCUACAAAUUCUGACUUAUUGUUGUUUUGAUCAUCAGAUUUUUUCACAACUAAAAGACUAAAACCAUCUGGAACUGAUUCCCUGAAUUGCUUUCUAUACAUAGUAAGAGUUUCAUAGUAAAAGUUUCUCACAUUUUAUACCUUGUUAAAGACCUUCAAGACUUUAAAAUCACAUCACUGAGCCACAGCGUGAACCGGGUAAUGUGUUUUUUUUUCAUUACCACUGACUUAGUGAUGGAAAUUUUACCACCCUGUUGAUUUACAUGCUAAACAAAACUAAAUUGUACUUUUUAAACUUAAACGGUGCCCAGCUGUUUGAGAAUAUUAUUCAUAUACUAUCUGCAAACAAAAAAGAUAAUCAUCAAUUACAUUCUGUACUGUAUCAAUAAAUGAAAACUAAAAAACAAUUGUAUUUCUAAUUGCAGGUCAUCGCCAGAAUUGUUGACGGCAGUAAAUUUGACGAGUUUAAGGCUUUUUAUGGAGACACACUCGUAACAGGUAUGGUUUGUAACAUUUAAUAUUUAUAACAAGGACAGUAUUUAAUAUUGUUGAGUGUAUACGCAGAGAUAUAUAUACAUGCAUAUGUAUAAACAUGCACACACAUACACCAGCCAUCUGCUCCGAGUAUCUUAGUGUUUAUAGUGGAUGCUAAUUUGCAACAGCCAUACCUUGAAGGGUUUUUUUCAGGGAUGAAAUAUUAAUACAGAGAGUGAAAAAAAAAGAAUUAAAAAGGUUAAUUCAGCACAGCGAAACACAAUAAAACACACAUUUUCACAGUAACACAGCAGCAGAACACUUACUGUGAAUAGAAGUCAUUUACUGACUUUACCAGGGUUUGUAGAUCUCUCAAAAAAAGUUUGAAUAAGUUUCAAGUGAACAGGUCAUGGAGAAAGCUUUCUAAGCAAAAGCAAGAUGAAACCUCCAAAUUGCCACUUGAAGCUUCUCUUUUGGAUCUGCUGCAGCUUUGUAGUGUCCUAGUGUAUUUUCAGACAGGCUGAAGAGAAAGUCCAUUGAAACAUUUUAACAGUCCACUGACUUCACUCUCUGAAUUUCAAUGUUUACCUGCCCAGGAUUUUCCAGAAUAUUUGGCUACCCUGUUGGAAUCAUCGGCAACAAUGGAGUCUUGUUUUCAGAGUCUGCUAAAAAGGUAAAUCUGUGCAGCAUGCAUGUACACAAAGAUCACCAGAGAGAUAAUGCAUGUUGAUUCGAUAUAAUAAGAUAUGCUCCAAACAUAAAUAUCAGCCCGAACACUUCAUGACAAGCUGAUAGGUUUAAUGAGAGUCUAAUGAUGCACGUUGUUGACUGGUCAGAUGAUCCGAUGACUCCUCUUUCACAGUGUUCCAGUAGAUGGCAGUAUGUGACUUUCAUCCUGCCUCAUAAAAAGGAAUAAUGCAUAUUUUAUGCAUCACUUUAAGUAGUUCUCUGUUUUUUUCCCAGGUUGAUUAGUAAUGCUUAACAUUUUCCAGCAAGUUAUGUCUGUGCCUGCCUGUACUAUCACAAAUAGGACAAUAAACAGCAUAUAGCAAUAACAUUUUACUUCUACUACAUGAGAGAUUUGAUGAUUCCUGCAAUUUGAUGGAAAAGUAAGUGCUAUAUAAGUAUUAUUUUGAUAAUAAAAGUAUGAUGGGUACUGGCAAAAACUUAAACCUGUAUCCGUGAACUGCCAUUUUGAAAUGAGUAUGAACCUCCUAAAGUCUCUUCACAGUUAACUCGCGGUUUUAUAAGCUAACUGAAAAACACCCUCUGGCUCUAUAAAACAUUCAGAGUCGCUGAAGAGCUUCAAUCCUGUCAUAUAAUGAGCAGGCAGGCAACAGCUGUGUGUGUGAAGUGUAAAAAGCCAACCAUCACAGUCAUGUUAAAUUUCAAAGCAGUAAGCAUUGUGCUGGCAAUGUGUCUCUCUAAAUGUCAAGGACUAAAGCGCUACGCCGAAGCAGUUCACAAAUUAUUCUCCUCUGAGAUUUGCUGCCCGCAACUCUGGCAACCAAUAUUUCUCUCUUGAGGAAGCUUUAGUCUUUGUAGAUGUUAUUACUGACCUUCCACAUUCAAGGUGCUCCCGUACAAUCAGCUCUCAAAUUGCACUUGUCAGGGCCAUCCCAUGAGUUAGUCUGAUGAAUGGCAUUGUAAUAAGGUAGCAUUUAGAAACCAUGAGCAGGAGACAGUUUUGAUUUUUACUCAGUGUAAUUCACUUAAUUUGCAAAGCAAUCUGCUGUGAACAAGGCUGAACUUUACGCAAGCUUAGAAAAGAUGAAUUUUUGAUUAUGCACUAAUAUAUUUUUCAAACACAUUUGGAAGUAGAUUACAGCUUGACCUGAUAAGGCCUCUUGAUAUUUUUCUGUAAGAUCUGAAUGUAACAGUAGAGCAUUGGAAAUCUAAUCAGUGGAAUCACUCUGAAAAGGAUUGAUGCUGCGCUGCAGACAAAGAUGUGGAACAGACAUGCUCAGAAAACAUAUCAGUGAAAAAUCAAUACAGCUCUGCAUUCGGAGAUGUGUUAUUGAGACACACCAUCACCACUUGCAGACAUGCCUGGGCUUCUAUUAUGCCUACUGUUAAACUGGAAAAGCUUUCCUCAGGUAUUUGUAUUAGUCAAAAGGAGAGCGCACGGAAAAAAAAGAUUGGAUUUCUGUUGUGCUUCUACACAGAGACAAACUGAUAGAUGAUUUCUCACCUUGCUACGUCUUUCAGCAGACAUCCAUCCGACACAAUGUCUCCAACUUCUGUUUAUACUUUAUAAUCAAGGCAGGAAGCAUGACUGAAAGAAAAAAGCCAGCAGACCUAACUGCCACAAUAAAGAAAACACCUAAGUAAUUCAACAAUACAAAGUGUAUGGAAAUGAGGUGUCUCUACACAUGGCACAGCUUUUAGACUCGUUUUUCUGUGCAACAGUUUUCUGGCAGCUGCCUGUUUUUUUUCUUUUGCUGAAAGGCUGGAGGCCAUUCAGCUCCUUCAUAUUCAAAGUCAGAUCUAGCAAAUGCAAAAGCCAAAGUGAAGCUUGAUAAUCUUCCAAGCCGAUAAUUAUCCAUCCUUGCUGGUCUUGGAGCUGAUGAAGGUGAUGAACAAGGUGAGGCCAACCGCUCAAAGAAAAUGGUUUCAAAAAGCUGCUCCUCCAGAAGUUUGAAGCUCCCUCUCUGAUCACAAACCGCAGAUGUGAUCCAGACAGUUUUGUUUGUGUGCAGCAGUGCAGACACUUGUCUGGUACCUCCAGCAGCUUCAGCUGUGCGCUCUUAUUAUUUUCUCUGUUACAUAUUUAUAUCCUGACAGGAAUAGUGUAUUACCCUGUCCACAUAUAUAAAUAAUUCCCGUCCUGUCAUCGUCUUCUUUUCUUCUUUAUGGCAGUGAUUGUACAUGUCUGUGUUUUUAUCCUUUGGGCAUUUUCUCCAGUUGCUGGAGUAUACCAGAUUCACAGAAUAUUUACAUAUUUUUUUUCAGGGGACACAUUUCAUCGAGCUGUGCUGCCAACGAAACAUACCACUUAUUUUCCUCCAAAACAUAACAGGUCAGUGGGGUUCUUAAAAUCAAACAUUUCUGGAUUGUAACAUUUAGUGCUUCUCUAUCUAGCUACCAUCCUUUCCACACAGCUCCACAGGAAAUCAGCGAAUUGUACAUGAAUAUACAAGAGCCGCCCACAAAUAUGUGUCUACAUUUUACAUCAGGCCAUUUUCAAACUCUCUCUUUUUUUAAGACCCUAAUGGUGGUAGCAACUCUCCGGGCAAAUGGUGUCAUAAAAUGCUUCAUCCAGAGCAGAGGGCACCAUGACUUUGUAGUCUGCUUUACUCUAAGCAUUUUCUGCAACAUGUGGAGCACUGCAUCAGAGCUGAGGGGAUGAAUAAAGCUAUGCAUGCUGAAAGAAAGUUAAUAUGUAAGAAAGCAGCCGUCUGGUGCCUUAGCAGUGCUUGGUCUCUGUAGGUUCUUAAAAUAGGACAUUGUGUCAUGGAGUUUGUUGGCACCUUUUAAAUCACUGCAUUUAACACUAGCUUCUAACUGUUGAUGCUAAUUAAUGUGUGAUGGAAGGCAAAGCCAUAAUAUUACAGUUUAUAUCAUGAUCUGCAUAUAAUCAGCCUCAUAAUCAGCUCAUGUGAAAUGAUAUACAAAUUAUUCAUCAUCAGCUGUUUAACGAGCUUUCAUUUGAAACCCACUCCAGUUUAAUUUGCGCUAUUAUAUAAAAACACAGCAGAGCCAGCUCCUGUUUCCUAUCUCUCCUCUCCAUGUCCGUCUCAGGCUUCAUGGUGGGCAGAGAGUAUGAGGCAGGAGGGAUCGCUAAGGACGGAGCCAAGAUGGUGACUGCAGUUGCUUGCGCCAACGUGCCCAAGAUUACAGUUAUCAUCGGCGGCUCCUAUGGUGCUGGGAACUACGGCAUGUGCGGCAGAGCCUACAGGUAUGAAGAAGCUAAUGAGCAGUGUGUGCUGACUCCAAAGACCACAAUUCAAGUAGACACAAAUAUAAAGAUAAUUAGCUGUGUUUGCAUGAUUUAAGCACACAGGGAAUAUUGUACAUGAUGUUCACUGUAGUAAAUGAUAUACUAAAGACACUCAUUUAGGUGGAGGUGACCUUUUCUGGCACAUCAGAAAUUCAAAUGUGAACCUUUUCUGUGGUAAAACACAUUUCAUAACAACAUCUAUUUUAAUUAGACGCGCAAGCAAGCUCAACAUAAGCUGUUGUCAGAAUGAAGGAUUGAGCGAAUUCGACUUUUCUCAUCUUUCUCACAUUCAGCUAUUUCUCCCUUUUUGUUUUCCAUCAAUUUACAUAAAUUUUGAAAAACAGUGGAAAAGCAUUUGGUUGUAAAAUUCAAAUCGACAAAGAGUGGUGGUAGCAUUUUGGGAAAUUUAUGCUGCUCCUCACCUUUGGCCAGACUUUUGCAGUUCAGUAUUUUCUAAAUGAUGUUGUGUUGUACUGAAGUAGUCUUCACACUGUUGGGCUGUGACUUCAGUGUUAGAUCUUAAUUAUUGCACCACUUUAGUUAUCGCAUUAGUGGCUGUUUGUGUGCAAUUUAUCUCGGUGUUCUUGUGCCCAGAUUCAGAAGCCCACUGACACGUCUUUUGUUUUUCUCUCACAGCCCUCGAUUCCUGUACAUGUGGCCAAAUUCUCGUAUCUCUGUAAUGGGCGGUGAGCAGGCAGCCACUGUUCUGGCCACCAUCACCAAGGAUCAGAAAGCACGCGAGGGAAAGGAGGUAAUGGUUUAUAUUAAUCAUCUCCUCUCCGCUUCACAAAUGAGGACUGUUUUUGUAGGAUUUUUUACCUAAGGCAUAAAUAGAGUGAAAGUCUUUUGUGGUAGUUUUAUGUGGCGUUUUUAUACGGGAUGAAAAUUAAAUAUUACAGUAAGGCUUAACCUUUAUAUGGCAGCUAUCAAAUGUGUAUAAUGAAACUGUAUAAGGUGUUAUACAGUGUAUUCAGAAUGCAUUAAUAGCUUCAAGACGAGCCCUCGCAUUAGGCAGUGGUGUUAUAAAAUGAAACAGUAUGGUGAAAAGGACUGGAACGGUGGAAAAACAAGUAAAUAUUUCAAAUUUCUGUCUUGCACUUUUUGAGUUUCUUUUCUGUACUUGAUGCCUGAUAAUCAUGUUGCAUUUUGCAGACAUAGGCAGUAUAAAAAACACACACACACCACAAAAUUGGAUUACUCUUGACAAGUCCCAUUGUCUGUCAUUUCUUCUGCUGAUACAUGAAUUGAACUGACAGUGAAACAGCAGUAAGGCUGUAUCUAUCUCCUACAAUGUGAUGCAUUUCUGAGUAAAAAUAGAGGGGGGGUUAGUAACAAGAAGGAUUUAAAUCAAAUCUUUGUCAUGAUUGGCUCAAAUCUUCUCAGAUAAAGCUCAUACAGACUCAUACAGCCGCCCUGCCAGGAAUCAAAACUUUGUGAAGGUUGAGCUCCUCAUUUUUAUUUUAACACAGCUUGGACGACUUUUGAAACGAUUUUUGGCAAAGUUCCUCACUGAGGAUAUUUUUUGGUCUUUGGCAAACCUAAAACAGCUUUUCGUUUUUUCAAAAUUAAUGCACAGUUCACAGCCGAGCAGGAGGCUGCCAUGAAGGAGCCAAUAGUGCGUCGGUUUGAAGAGGAAGGCAGUCCGUACUACUCCAGUGCCAGGUGAGUUUUUUUGGUGAAAUAUCACACUUUGUGUCUCAGGUAGGUGCGGGAUAAAAUGAUUCACUUCCUGAAGGUUUCAAAUAUAACUGAGAGACAAAGCUCUUUGUGCAGAGAUGAUUUGAUGCCCUCGGCCUUUGUUUCUUAUUCAUUUGAAAACAUCAUGUGAUUCAGCUCUUCCAAGAACUGAGAAACCACAAACAAACACUCCUCGUGUUUGAGGAGCGAAGCUGUGAUGUAGUUUGUGUGUUUUCUCCUCCAUUAGUUGUCUUGUUGUUCAGCUCAAAUGAGCCAUCUCUGCUUUCCAUUUGGUCCUGUGGGCUGUUGUUUUUCUUAUUUUGUGUUUGAUGAGCAGAAGACCAAUCACAUAGUGUAACUAUUUAAAGAGAGCAUGCUUCAUAUGGUAAAGAAUUUUAAAUGAAUUUUACAGCCCUGAUUCUGAAAAUGAGGCAGAUUUAACACAGAUUUACAAGGAAUAAGAUCAAUUAGAUGCAAUUUGAGGAUUAAACCAAGAUUCUCAAACACUCGUACACUGAGGAAGGUUCAGAAGAUCUUUUGUACCAACAGCCAUCAGACUUUAUAACUCUUUUAUAAAUACUAGAUGACUUCUUGAGACAUGACAAAUGAGACUACAGACAAUUGAAUUUCCCUUUGGGGAUUAAUAAAAUUAUUCUUAUUCUUAAAAGAAAUGAAGCAAAAAAUUACAAAUUUUAGUCUCUCAUAACAGAAACAACAUGACGCCCUAUCACAAAUCACAAAACAGAAAAAAAUUUGAUUAAAAUUUCUGCAGUUAUGUCAGCUUUCUCAUUAUCGAGCAAAAUCUCAUUUUCUGUUCGGGGACAUUGUCCUAAAUGUUUGGACUCAUCCUCACUGAAAGAUACAGAAUAUCUAGAAGUUCGUAUGAAAGCAGAGUUUAUAAAGAAGUGAAGUGGUGAUUCCUCUGAGUGUACAGACUUUGGCUUCGUAGCUCAGAAUAAACGGCACUGCAAAAAGUAAAGAUUCCUGUUUUAAACUUCUGUCAGUGUAUUAACACCAGGAGAUGAGUGAGGGAUGUACGCAGAGACGGGAACACAAAAUCCAGAUCACACACUUUCACAGGUGCCACAGUAGCAUCAGAUGUUGAAGUGAAAUUUGCUUUUGUUUACUCUUCACAGACUGUGGGAUGACGGGAUUAUCGAUCCUGCUGAUACUCGACUGGUUUUGGGUCUCAGCCUGAGUGCAGCGCUGAACGCACCAUCGAAGAAGACACGGUUCGGAGUAUUCAGGAUGUAACUCUGACUGAACUCUUGCAGGUGUGAGCCUGAAAACCUGCCUGUCAGGGUUUUACAUGUACUGUACUAUAACGUGUUUUUGUAGUUUUACUGAGCAGAUUAAAAAUAGAAGACAAGUCACUACAGUAGAAUCACACACCCUGGAUCCACGUGAUGGGAAGGUGUGGGACAUUUCCACUAAUACGCUGUGCCUUAACUGUUACUCCUUCAGUGAAAAUGCAAACUCUACACAACUGUUUCCUUUCUUUGUCAAUCGUACUGUAAAUGGUGGUUUAUAAACAUGUGAAAAAUAUAAU